CGUACAAAAUAGUUGGCUAUGCUCUAAGGCUCCCAGCUAAAAAAUGUUUUAUCUGCACAAUUUUCUGUUCAUUUUUAGCUUACGUUUUGGUUGCCGUCUUAUUGGAUUUAUUGAGAUUUGUCUGUAUGGCUAUGGAUUCUAUUAUUUGAUUAACAAAAAUGGCUUCUCGCAAAUGCUGGAAUCGAUGAUUAUAAUAUCUCUGGGCACUUCCUGCCUGCUGUCGAUUCUGAUGUUGAUCUCUACGCUGCAGGACCACGAAUCAUCCGGCAUUAUCUUCACUUAUCUAAUGUGGGGCAUUUUCACAACAAUUUUCUUGGCAGUCUUCUACUUGAUAACCUUUAGGUCGGGGAAGAAAAUAAGUUUGGAGGUAUUUUUGGGUCUAUUAUUGGGCACAACAAUUGCCAAGUGCUAUUCCAUGCUGGUGGUAUUAUCAUUCCUCCAUAUGAUGGUAAGUUCCGAUAGUGAAGAUUCUUCUUAAGGACGCUUUGGAGUUCAAAAUAGAAAUGGAAUAGAAAACAUUAUUCAAAUGUGAAAUACCCAAUGUCCACUCUUAGACAGCUGUAUUAUUAAAGUGCAUUUAUAUAUUUUGUAUCUAUACAAAUAACGCUCUCUUGCUGCACGAUUGACGGACUGACUGAUUGAUGGUCAACGCAAAGUUCAAGUCGGUAGGGAUAGGAAGCUUCUUACAGCUGGAACCGGUAAUGGAAGCCCGUACUGAACAUCGGAUUAGAAAAUCGCAAUGGAAAAAAUCGAUUCUUCAUGCAAAUAUGGACAAAUGUAAAAAUUUAAAAAAAUAUUCACAACUCCAUUAAAGAAUUAGAGCUACAAUCUUUAAAAGUAUAAGCCAGAAAAGCAUUCCACAAAUGUGCGGCUACAACUGAAAACAAGAGUGUCGACUGUCACUAAAGUGUCAAGAACUAGCAAAUACUUUGCUUUACUACAGUAAUCUGGCAUAAAUGGGAAUAACUUGCUAUUGUUUGGUUCCAUGCAUGCAUAGUACAGUCACCAUGAUCACCAAGGAGACAUCUUUAAAAUGUAUGACUUCUGUAUUUUUAGCCUCAGUAGGCUUUAGAAGAAAUUUGUUUGUGUCGUUUCCUCAAGUUCAUUUAAUGUAUACAACCACACUAAGAUAAAAUAUACAAAUGUAUUUAAAUUCAAAAAUAAUACGCAAAUUACAAAUAACUUAAGCAUAGCCACUAAA